UUCGAUGUGGCCAUGAGUUUGGUUGGGGUGGGAUUCUUGUGUUGUUUGUUUGUGGACCUAGAGUUAUAUCUUCUUUGAUUGGUCGUCGAGAUGUGUACGAUUCUGUGUGUGAUUCUGUUUGAGCAGGUUGGUUUCGCUAUUCGCCAACCAUUUGGAGUCUGUCGAUGGAGAGUUUUGUGUCGCACACGCAAGCUGUGCGCCUAUCGGCACCGGUUUCCCACUUUGUAAGGGCUGUCGCGCAUUGGCAAGCGUCCAUUCCCUCCUCGUCACACUACAGUGCUGGCGUCGUCGAGUUUUUGUUACAUCGCCCUCCAAAUCUUUCCCGUAGUUGGCGAUUGUGGCCCCAUGGCGUUUCGUGAUUAGCCGUGCGCUCGCUGGGGGUGUUUGUUGCGCCACAUGUACCCCACAGCGGGUAGGUUGGCGUGUGUUGUGCGCGCGGAAGCAGUUGGCGAAAUUUCAUAUUCUGUCAAUUCCCGUCGUGAGUUCGCACCCUAUCCUGGGAUACCAGAUUUUCGCCAGCCAAUCAACCUAAAUUCCCCCCCAAGCCUGUUUUGUCAAACCUCUAUACUUGGACGGCGGCUUUAACCUCCGACUGACGCGCCGUGACGACAUCAGUAUUCCAGAUCCCCACUUAUCCUGUUUCUCAAGCUAGCUCACGACUCGUAAUGAUCAGCUCUCUCAUCCUUAGCACAUACGGCGGCCAUCUCGCGUCCAGCUUCACCAGGUAGCAGGCCCUGACCGCUUUUCCACGCCAACCUAAGGCAUGAUGUAUAGCGGCGAUGCCGCGGGCGAGGAGGACGAUGAGUGGGAGGCGUGGGACGGCUCUCCCGAAGCGUCCGCCGCAGCAGGCGCUGAAGUUGCGGGGGUGGUAAGAGGCGCGAAGGACAGGGACGGGUGGAAUCAGGAGAUUCGUCGCGCGGACGAGGAGGAGGAAUGGGAGGAGUACGAGUGGGAGGAACGGGAGGAGUACGAGCGGGUAGAGCGGGAGGAGCGGGAGGAGGGGGAGACGAAGAAAGAGCAACGGGAUGGCAAAGACCCGAAAUCAGACGAGAAUUAUAGAAGAAAGGGGAAUGAAGUUGCUUCUACCGAGGGUUGCCCGGCUGAAGCGUCUGGGGUGGAAUCUGGCGGGAAGGAAGGGCGAGAAGGGGGUGGGGUUGGAACCGCGGAAGGCGGUUGGGAUGGGCGAGUGAGCCUGACGAUAGACGGGGCUCUGGGGGAGGAGGGGGGGAGGGCGCUGGCAGGGAAGCGAGGCAAGGGGACGGGGAGGAGGGUGCGACGAGCCACAGCGGAGGACAAGGAGUGGUGCCAGUCCGUGCACCGGGUGCACGCGCUCUGCCUGCUGGCUCGUGCGCUGGCACUUGACAGGGCAGCGGAUGAUGCGCUGCUGCAGGCGGCCAUGCUGUCACUAGCACCUCGGCUCCUAGUGGAGGAGGCACAGGAGGCAGCAGCAUCGCAUGGGGGCCCCUCCCUGCACCUGCUGCAGCAACUCACCUCCUGGGUUCGGUCUGCAUUCACCGUGCAGCCAUCCUCCUCCUCCUCCUCCCAAUCCCUACCACCACCACGGCUGCAUCAUCAGCCGCAUCCCACCGCCCCCCACAGCAGCAGCAACAAGCCCGCAGACAAGAGUCUCACUCUCUCGGCGCACCUCAUAGCGUGCCUGCACCAGGCGGUGGCUCGCAAAGGGGGCUCUGCGGAGGAGGUUGCUGCUCUCUCUGUCGCUCUCUUCCGGGCCCUUGGCUUCACAGCAAGGCUAGUAGCGGCCAUCUCCCCGUCCCCUCUCAAGCCCACCCCGCAGCUCCUAGCAGAGUUUGACUCCUCCUCCAACACCCCCUUCCCACGCACCUCCUCCUCCCGCGCCCUCUCCCCUUUCACCCACCGCACCCGCCUCCUCCCCGUCGCCUCCGCCUCCCCAACCCCUCCUCCCGCGCCCACCCGUCUCCCCCAAACGCACCUGCGCCAUCGGUUGUCUGUUGCUCCUCCUGCUGCUCGUUUCCCCAAGAGGCGCACUGCUGCUGCUGCUAUAGCUGCAGCUGCGGGUGGUGCUGCUGGCGGUGCUGCCCCUUCAACUGGUGAUUCUCUUGCCGUGUGGCCUAGUGGUUCUGCUUCUGCUAUCCUGGCUGCUGAUUGUGGUCGUGACGCUGGUGGAGCCGGUGAGGCUGGUGCGACUGGUGGUGCGGGUCAUCAUGAGGGCAUAGCAGUAGGUACCAGUGGCAGGGGCAGGAGGGGGAGGGGGGGCAGGGCGGGCAGUGCAAGAGCGAAAGGGGUAGGUGCUGAUAACUCUAGUGUGUCUGUUGAUCCACCUGAGAAGACGUCACGAGCUCAGAUAGGCAAUGGUGGCAGUGGCAGUGGCAGCUGGGGCAGUAGAGGCAGGGGGCGUUCUGGCGACGGUGCUGGUGCUGGUGCUGGUGAUGGUGCUGGUGCUGGUGCUGGUGCUGGUGCUGGUGCUGGUGCUGGUGCUGGUGCUGGUGAUGGUGGUGGUGCUGGUGAUGGUGCUGGUGAUGGUGGUGGUGCUGGUGAUGGUGCUGGUGAUGGUGGUGGUGCUGGUGAUGGUGGUGGUGCUGGUGAUGGUGCUGGUGAUGGUGGUGGUGCUGGUGAUGGUGGUGGUGCUGGUGAUGGUGCUGGUGAUGGUGGUGGUGCUGGUGAUGGUGGUGGUGCUGGUGAUGGUGCUGGUGAUGGUGGUGGUGCUGGUGAUGGUGGUGGUGCUGGUGAUGGUGCUGGUGAUGGUGGUGGUGCUGGUGAUGGUGGUGGUGCUGGUGAUGGUGCUGGUGAUGGUGGUGGUGCUGGUGAUGGUGCUGGUGGUUCUGCAAAGAAAGGGGCCACUGCUGAGCAGGAAGUGGGGGUGGCUGUGGGGCGAGUAACCAGGCAAAGGGCAAAGAGGGAGAGUGAGGCGGGGUGUGAAGAGAGCGGGAAUGAGAAGCAAGGAGGUGGGGACUGUGAAGGAGGUGACUGUAAAGGAGGUUAUGGCGAUGGGGAUGGGGAAAUGAAGGUAGCCAAAGGAGGGAAUGGAGACGGUGGGAAGAAGGGGAGAGUGAAGGAAGAAGAAGUGACAGAGGAGGGUGAAGGGGCAGCAGGAGGAGGAGGGGCAGGAGGAGCAACUCGAGCAGGAGGAUUAGCAAGUGAAGAAGCCCGUUUGGAGCAGCAGCGCAAGCGCAAGCGGAAGGGAGACGAGGAGUUUGAGUUGCAGCUAGCCAUGGCAAUGGCCGCCACCGCGGCUGCUGCUGCCAACCCCGCUCCAGCAGCAGCAGCAGCAGCAGCAGCAACAGCAGCAACAGCAGCAGCAGGAGAGAGUGCAGCAAUAGCAGCGGCAGUAGCUGGCAUUGCAGUUGCGUCCGCCAGUGAAGCAGGGAAAGCUGGUGCACUGAAAGCACUGUUAACAGCAGAUGAGGCUGGAGGGUCAACGUCCCUGGGGCACGAAACAGCCGUCGGCUGGAGCAAUGCUGGCAGCAGCAUUGCCAGCCACAACCCACUUGGCACUCAGACGACCACUCACAUGAACAGCACCCUCAGCAACAACGGCAACAGGAGUGGCAGCAACAGGAGCGGCAGCAGCAGCGGCACAGCAGUGGUGUGGUCGCGGCAGUUUGCCGCAGCCUCACACUGGGGAGAGGUGUUUGUCAGUGGCAGGGGGGGCACGCGCAGUGCUGCUGGGGUGGAAACGGGGAGUGCUGGCAGGUCAGGUGCCCAGACUAGUCUUGGGAAGAGAAGAGGAGGUUUUCGUGGUGCUGGUGCUGGUGGUGGUGAUGGUAGCGGUAACGGCAGUUGCAGUGGCAGUGGUGCUGCUGCUACUGCUGCUGGUGUGGGCGGUGUGGGUCGGUGGGUGCAUGUGGAUGGGGGGAGGGGGGUGGUGGACGGGGAGGAUAAGGUGGAGGGUUUGCUCAUGGGCAUGGCACAGCCGCUCACAUACGUCCUCGGCUUAGCGGGCGGUGGUGCCAAGGACGUAACCAGACGUUAUGCGUCGCGCUGGUCGGUGGUGUCGCCCCUCAGGGACGAGCCCUGGUGGGCCGCCACCCUGCAACCCCUGCGAUCGCUAGAAGCCGCCGCCACCGCUGCCAACCGCUUCCUCCCUCCGCCUCCCACGCCUCCUGUCCCUCCUGCUCCUCCUCCCCCUCCUGCCUCUUCUCCGCUUCUGUCCCUCUCCACUUCUUCCCCUGCAUCCCUCCCACCUGUUCUCACACCACCAACGCCUCCUGUCCUAGCCACCCUGUCAUCACCAUCCUGGAUAACUCCACCCACCCCAGCCCCUUCGGCCGACGCUUCUCCUCCCCCCCUCUCCUCCACAACCCCCCUUCCCCCAUCCAUGGCAUUGUCUGGUCUGCUCCCGUCUGUUUCCGCCUCCGGCCCUCUCCCUGCAUCUGUGUCUGCUGGUGAGAAACCGGCGGUCAAGGUCGAAGCAAGUGCACAUGCAAGUGCAGCAGAGAGGGUUGCGGCAGCACUUGGUGGGGCUGCUGCAGCGGCGACGGCUGCUACCACGCCAGCCACAGAAUCUGCAUGUGUGCCAGCGACAACAGCAGCAGCGAGAUCGACAGCCCCCGCAGCAGCAGCAGCAGCAGCAGCGGCGGCGGCGGUAUGGGAUGAGCGGGCAGCAGCGGAGGAUAUGGAGCUGGAUGUGAAGCAGCUCACAGAGCCACUGCCGUCCAACCAGCAGGCAUACCGCAACCACCCCCUGUACAUGCUAGAGCGGUGGCUAGGCGCCUAUCAGUGGCUGCGGCCUCGAGGACCUGUGCUGGGGGUGUGCGGGGGGGAGGCGGUGUUCCCCCGGUCGUGCGUGCAGCAGCUGCGGUCGCGGCACCAGUGGCUCAAGGACGGGCGGAGAGUGCGCGAUGGAGAGGCGCCUGUGAAGACGCUCACUCGCAAGCCCCCCACGCCUCGCUCCUUCCAGCGCCGCAGCAACCCCUACCAGAGCCGCACACACAUUUUACCCCAGGAGUGCUUCCCCUCGCACGUCUCUGCGCGCAUGCGCGCCGCCGCUCGUGACCGUAAGGAGGGUGGUGGUGGUGGUGGUGGGGGGGGGGGGCAGGUGGGUUCUAGAUCCAAUGCGGCUGAAGAUGAGGAUGCUGCAGCCGCAGCCGUUGGAUCAGGGGACGGAGGAGGAGGAGGUAGUGAGAUGCGAGCAGGAGCAGGGACGGCAACAGUUGAAGGUUCAUCCUCCCCUACCACCAUCACCAUUGAGCUCUUCGGCGAAUGGCAGACUGACACGUGGCGCCCGCCGCCAGCUGUGGACGGCCGAGUGCCUAAGAACGAGCGGGGGCAGGUGGAGGUGUGGUCUGAGAAGUGCCUUCCCCCGGGCACUGUUCACCUGCGGUUACCGCGUCUUGUAACGGUGGUGCAGCGGCUAGGGUUUGACUUUGCGCCAGCAGUGGUGGGGUUUGAGUGGAAGGGCGGCAAGGCCACGCCCAAGUAUGAGGGGCUCGUGGUGUGCCAGGAGCACGCUGACACUAUAGUGGAUGCGUACACUGCAGAGGAGCAGCGGCAGCACGAGCUGGCCCUGCAGCGGCGGCGCACCGCGGCGCUGGAGCGUUGGCACGCACUCAUAGGCGCCAUGCUCACACGCCAGCGGCUGCAGGACACCUACGAAGGUGCUGGCCCUGCUGCUGCUGCUACUGCUGAUGGUGCUGCUGCUGGUAUGGCUAGAACGGGUGCUGCUACAGAGGGUAGGGGAGAGGGUGUAGGGUUUGGAGGGGAGGAAAUCGAGAGACUGGAGAUUGGGUGUGAGGUGGAAGGGGAGGAGGAUGAGAAGGAGGGGGAAAGCGAUCGGGGAGGAGAAGGGGAGGAGGGGGAGGAAGGGGAGGAAGAGUGUGAGGGUGAGGGCGCUGAGAGGAGGGUGAGGGGGGGUGGUGGUGAGAAGAGGGUGUCUGCAGGUCAUGUGCACGAGCUCAGGGUGGUGGGGAUGGAAAGAGGAGGGGGACGUGGCAAUCUGGGCUGUGAUGCUGUUGCUGCUGCUGCUGCUGCUGCUGCUGAUGGUGACGAUGGUGCUGAUGCUGGUGCUGAUGGUGGAUGUGGAGGUGUGUGUGUUGUGCGGAAGCAGUGCUGGUGUGGGUUUGCAGUGGAUGUGGAGGAAAUGUGAUCUCAUGAAUGGGUGGGCGGGAGGGA